UCUAACCCAGACAAGAAUAAUGAAUCUGCAGUUGGACGGAUGGACGAUCAAGUAGCCUACGUUAGAAAACAUGCUACAGUUGGAUUAUUUUUAGUCUAUAGGCUAGACCUCUCCUGCCCUGCACUAUGGACAAAAAAUGUAUCUAUAUUGCAAUUUAGAGAGACAUUGUGCCUUGUGGGAAUCAAGACAUUUAGACAAACAGUGAGCUGCAGCUGCUACAGAUUCAGCUUCCUCUUUUUCUGCUGGGAGUAUCAGGGAACCCUUUGGUGUGUUUUAUGACAUUUUUUUUGUAGUUAAUGUAUUUAACUUUUAUUUUUUGCUUCAAUAAUGAUAAUUAAUGUUUUAUGUGAUCAACUCUGUUAAGUGCUUAGUGUGUAUACAGAGCAGCACAACUAUUACAAUAGAGAGGAAAAUCAAAUGUGAAGGAUAUAUAUUACAGUACAGUUUUUCUUAUUGGAGGUACAACAUUGCAAUAGUCUGGAGAAUGAUGUCAAGAGCAUGUACGGUUGGUUCCGUCGACUCUUAGUGAAAAAAGAGUCUCCACAGAGCAGCUCCUCUCCACAUGUACAGGUCAGGACUCCACCCCCUUCUGUCGAUGGUGCCUCAUCAUUGGUUCCCACCUCCCCUCCUAACCCACCACCACGUUUUCUGAGCUCUAUGAUUCGUUGGAGCCAGACCUACGACCUGUGUGUGUGCCAUAGCCCUGUGGACAUCGAAGAAGCCAUCCUUCUGGCCACUUACCUGGAGAAACCGGCACGUGGCCUGCGCUGUUUCCUGCGGCAACGUGACGCCAGCGUGGGGGGUGCCAUCCCCACCGAGCUAUGCCAGGCUGUGCAGAGCAGCCAUUGCUGGGCCCUUCUGAUCACCCCCAACUUCCUGCUGGAUGACUGGUGCCAGUACAUGAUGCACCAGGCACUGUCUGAGGGUCCCAUGUCCAACCGGAUCAUUCCCCUGGUCCUUAACCUGUCUUACUCUCAGUACCCAAAGGAGCUACGCUUUUACUACUACAAAGACCUGAGCAAGAACCCAGAGCGAGGCUACACACAGGUGUACAAGACAGUGCUGAAGUACUUGGAGGACAUGGAUGAAAAAAUGCUGCUAAAGUUAAUUGCAACAUGCACAGUACUAGCAAUAGAUUGGAAGGGGCAUCCUGUUUUCCAAGGACAAAACUGUCAUCAAACUAUCAGAAUUCUGAGCCUCUGCUUUCACUUCAGGAGAUUGAGAGGACAGAGGCUGCAGAUUCAUAGGACUAUUGUACAUCACACUCUGGAGGCUGCUGAGGGUAACAUCAUGCGCAGGACUGAGAUGAGAGAGCGACGGAGCAUAUGAAGAUGUCCCUAAAGACUGCUAAAACAUGGUGCUUUAGACUGAUCGCUAUUGUUCUGUUCUUCGUCUCCUACUACUGCUCCCAUGUCUUCCUCCAGAGCUAUGGAGGCACCAGCAAGUCUCCUCCAACUCCGAGCAAGUCACUGUGUGGUGGCUGGCUAAAGCAG